CCUUUCUUUCUUGUCUUCUUCUUUCUCUUCGCCAGAUUCCUUGAGGAUGGUUAUGAGACUCUCUCAAUUUUGCAGACAGAAAGUUGUGGUGUCUGUUCACUUCAAUUCAACCCACCCUCAAGUCAAUCUCUCUAUCUCUCCCUCGCUCUGAAGUUCUUCCAUGGCGGCUGGGCACUUCGUCGCCACAACCCCCAAACCCAUCCGUCUCAUCCAAUCCUCAUACCUCCUGGCAAAACCCAACCCAACUAUCUUCUUCCCACCUUCGAAUCUUCGCCACCAAAAAUCAGCAAUUCAUUAUAGGGCUCGAAGGAAGCUCUGUUUCACUAUGUCGUCAUGGAGGACCAAAAGCAGAGUACCCAUCUUGAGAAUUGCACAGAAAAGCCCAAGAGGCUGCUGAUUCUCGGAACCCAAUUGUAAUUCCGUCCGUACGUGUGGCUGAGAAGUUUUCCAGGAAGAAAUCGGAGAGGUUCACUUAUCUUGUUGCUGCGGUGAUGUCCAGCUUUGGUAUUACUCCCAUGGCUGUCAUGGCCGUUUAUUACAGCUUUGGUAUUACUGGUAUUACCCAUCUUGAGAAUUGCACAGAAAAAGCCCAAGAGGCUGCUGAUUCUCGGAACCCAAUUGUAAUUCCGUCCGUACGUGUGGCUGAGAAGUUGUCCAGGAAGAAAUCGGAGAGGUUCACUUAUCUUGUUGCUGCGGUGAUGUCCAGCUUUGGUAUUACUUCCAUGGCUGUCAUGGCUGUUUAUUACAGAUUUUACUGGCAAAUGGAGGGUGGGAAUGUGCCUUUGUCUGAAAUGUUGGGUACAUUUGCUCUAUCUGUUGGUGCUGCUGUGGGAAUGGAGUUUUGGGCAAGAUGGGCUCAUAAAGCUCUCUGGCACGCUUAUGGCAUAUGCACGAGUCUCACCACACAGACCCAGAGAAGGUCCAUUCGAGCUUAACGAUGGACUGAAACAGAGAAAGAAGAGAUAAGGAAUCUGGUGGAGAGAAAGAAGAAGAAGAAAAAGAAAGAAAGAAAGAAAGAGAGAGGGAAAUGAAAUAAAUAAAUAAAUAAUAUUUUUUUAUAAUUUUGGAUUGAUUUGACGAUUAUAUCUCUAGGUUUAAUAGAUUUUUAACGGAGGGAUUAUUUAAGAGCACC